AACUUUAUUUAUGAAAACUGCGUGUACUUCAAUGUUUUAAUUGUAAGUGCUGAUUUCUGUGUCCUCUACAUUGCGUAAAUAGCCUUAAAUAGAGAGUCAGUGUUUUGUUUUAAUCCAGUUUAAGAAGUUUUUAUGCUUUUUUUCAGCUUUGCUGUUGUCACAAUACACUAUUUUGUUAAAAGCAUACUCUCAUCCCUGUUUGCUUGAACUGUUUUAAUGGCCUGCUUUCUUUCUCUGGGCAUCUCUCUCUAGCAAUUGUCAAAUAUUUCUUACCUUUUUUUAUUUUGUCAAAAUUAUCAGUUUUCUGACAUUCUGUAAGAAAAUAAAGUGACCAGUAGGAUCCAAAGAUGCAGAAAUUGUUAGCGAUCUUUUCUUAUUCCAUAGAGACCUUUCAGAAUUAGAUUUCAGGAUUUUUUGAAAGUUAUUUUUAGAUUAUUUUCUGUCCUGAUCUGGCUCUUCUCUACCGUUUUGUUUUAUUUCCUUCAUUGCUUCUUUUCUGUAUUCACUUUCUCCUUUUUACUCUUGUUCCUCUCCUCCUUGCACUUCCCGGCAUUUAUCCUUUUCUUUGAUAUUCUUUUAUGGAAGUCAGCACCAGAGAAUCUUUCUACUCUCCACGUUUUUGUACUGACAGCGUUUCAGAGAGUGGGUGAAGCAACUAAUGGGAGGCCUUGGCUUCAGGGUUAUGCAAGUAUUUGCCCUGCCUUAUGCACUUGUAUGAGCAGCGCUUUAAUAAAUGCGCUUAAUCUUUUCUGGUACAGUUACAUACAGUGAAACUUUUCAUGGAAAACGAGGUCGGUGGAGCUGAAGUUAUUUAAAACCUGAAUACUCAUGAACGCAUUUCAUUCUAACAUUGUUUUGCUUAUCGAGUCUUGUUUUGAAAAGGGUUUAGUUUGGGGGACUGAGAAAGCAGUCAUAAAAUGUUCUUAUAACCGUAAGCAAAUGUACUUUUGAAACCACCGACCUUAGUGGAGCUAGAUGAUGCAAAACUGGAGGGAUCUGGAGGGAUAUGUGAAUCAACCCCAUGUUUUGUGUGUACACCCUAAUAAUUGCCCCUUUGGAUUUUUUGCAGUACACACGCAGCUUAGUAACAAAGUAGGCAGUUACCUCUCCCUCUGCAAACACUUUUCUUCCAUCCUUUCUUUGGUGGUAUUUUUCUGGGGAAGCAGGAGGACAGCAAUCAACUCUAUUUACCUUCUUCCAUUGACAUAUCUGAAGUGGAGCAAUAAUCUGUUUUUACACUACACCUCUCUGUUGUACUUUGUUGGGGUUAUUAGCUGUACUUACGUUGGGAUCUUCUCAUUGAAUUACAAGCCUCCCACAGAGAUAAUCAGGGUAAAGAAGGAAAUCUCCUGAUUUCCCAAGUCAUAGUCUUUGACAUCAGUCCAUUUCAACACUGUUUGCUUAGCAAGCUGUUUUUUCUUCUUUUUUUUUUACAUCAGUUACAGGUAAAUAAUACUCUGAGCAAGAUCAGGAGUUAUAAAUCCCUUGAUAGCUGCUUUUAUCUGCUGUCACAUUUUGAUACUUUCGGUUCAGCCGUUUUGAUAAAUUAAUCUUUGUAAGUAAGUAUUCAACUCACAUAUAGGAAAGCAUCAUUUUGAGUCAGGAUUAUUUUUCUUCCAGUCUAGGGGAAAGAACAAUGGAGAAAGCAAAGAAUAUUUUCUAUGAAACCUACCCUGAACAGAGAAUCCAUUAAAACCAGAAAGGUCUUCAACCUCUCAUUUGAAUCUCUUGAAAUCCAUUGUCAGCCAUAAAAUGCCAAGGAGGACACCACGUCCACCACAGUGGACUCAAGUACAAAGUGUUUCUGCAGGGUAGUGAAAUAUUGUGAAGCCAGAGCGUGUUGUUACAAGAGAAUGGGGAGUUGUGACAGGAGAAUAGUGCCAGUUUUAGAAAUCUUUCAGUUGCCUGGAAUAUGGUGGAAGCAGUAUUGAUUGAUCUGUUUGGCCUGCCAGUGAACUUGCAGAACAGCAUCCAAGAUUUACUGUGUAACAUGCUGGGAACUACUGAAGAACGCUCUUCCGUCAGUGCUCCACUGGUCUAUGUCAUGUGCUGCCAGACACAGUGGAGUGAAAGGAAUGAUGAGCAAGAGUCCUUGCUUGCAGCUCUGAGAGAUUUUCAGAGUCUGAAGAAAAGACUGGAGGUAGUAUGUGCUCUGACGACAGCUGCUGCUUUGUACACCAUCAAAGAAAGACUGGAUGAAAAAGACUUAAGUGUCAUUAAAAUUGUUAUACCUGCCUUCAGGAGGCACUUAAUGAAAGUAUAUAUAGACCAUCUCUUUACUGCAGUCUACCAGUUUGAAUUUGAGGAUUUACAGAUGGCAUCUGAUUGUAAUAACCUACUGAUAGCUGAACCUCAGACUGAAGGGCAAACAUAUCCCACCCAGGAGGUGGAGCUUGUCACUAGUGAGAUUCAAAUGCAUUUGGAAAGCCUGCCAAGCCUGAAAGGGGAGCUCACCAUCCUCAGAUCUUCCCUUAUCCCAGAUGAUAUCUUCCUACAUGGAUUCACCACAAGGACAGGUGGGAUCUCCUACAUACCAACUCUAAGCUCCUGCAAUCUCUUCAGCAGUUCCAAGCGGAGGGACCCACAAGCUGUGGUUAAAGAAAACCUCCGGAGGCUAGCUAGUACUGCAGGAUUUAACCCCGAGACGUUUCACAGGGUCAAGAUUGAUCAUGGUAAUGCUGUGUAUAUUAUGGGAAAGACAGAGCCUGACAGCUAUGAUGGAAUAGUUACGAAUCAGAAAGGUGUUACAAUAGCGGCUCCAGGGGCUGAUUGCAUACCUGUGCUGUUUGCUGAUCCUGUCAGAAAAGCCUGUGGUGCUGCUCACUCUGGAUGGAAAGGCACUUUGUUAGGAGUUUCUAUGGCCACAGUGAAUGCUAUGGUAUCUGAAUACAACUGUAAUGUGAAAGAUAUCCUUGUGGUGCUGGGCCCGUCUGUAGGACCUUGCUGCUAUAAACUUCCUCAUGAAUCAGCUAAAGAGUUUCACAGAAUUGAUCCAAAGUGCGUGAGACUAUUUGACUCUGCAAGUCCUUAUAUUGAUCUUAGAAGAGCAACACGGGUUCUUCUUGAGACCAGUGGGAUUCUUCCUGAGAACAUCCAGGAUGAUUCUGUCACAGACCAGAAUCAAAAUAUCACUUUCUGUACUGCAUGCCACCCUGAUAAGUUUUACUCUCACUUUCGUGAUGGCACUAACUUUGGGACACAGAUUGGCUUCAUAUCAAUCAAAGACUGAGUUAGCAUCUCUUAUUCUUGAAUGGUAUUUGGACAGUAAGUCUGGUGCCUUGCCUAGCAUCCUGCUCUCCUAAUAGGUCUUAAUCCUUGCUUUCAUGGACUUUCAGUAAGCAAUUCACAGGUCUUGAGAUUCUCCUGCUUUCCUUCCCUGCCAUUCUGAGACAAGAAGAAAUAUCUGCGGUAUAAGGCCAAUAAUUCUUGUGGGACAUGAGCCAAAGGGAACGAGGGCAAAUUCCACUGUUGUCAAACCCCCUCUGAAAUACCAGAUGCAAGCUCACAUUGUUUUGCCUUCUUGACCAACUAUUUCCCAGAAACCUCAGUGUCUUAAGAUGGUGAAAGCACAAAAACCACAAAGUGUAUUAGCUUCUGAAUGAGUCUUCCGAAUGAAGUUAAGUAUAACAUAUCGAUACAGGAGAGGAAACCUGUAUUGCAUGUUAAUUGUUUGGGAACACCCGACUUCGGUAAUUUCCGCUAAAGGUUAGCUAUACAGAAUGAUAUGCCUGGACUUGUUUUUGUUCUUUGGAUUAGUUUAAAGAAAGCACUAAAACGCUUACAGGGCUUUCCCUAUAGAAAAAUACCUUAAGUUAUAAAACUGAGAUGCAAGCUUAUGAACCCUCACCCUUUGUGCUUUUUUCAUUCUAUGAAGAAUAGGACUAAGGCUCUUAAUAUGGUAUGACAUCUAUGCUUAUAUUUCUUUAGCAUUUUUCAUUAAACUGUUGACUCUCAGCUAAUCUCCAUUGAGACUGUCUGAACAGUCCUCAAUUAUCUGGUAAAUAUUUUGAAAGGAAUGUGAAUUUAGCCAGAGGAUCAGCUAAUUUUACUGACGAAUAGUUGACUUACCUGUUUUGCUAACAAAACCUAAAAGUACCCAGUUUUCUUAGGCUCCUAUAGAAAAUUUGUCUGUAGACAUUUCUACAGAUAUGACCGUUCCUGACACAAAAACAGCGGGAACCUUCUUAUAGUUCAGUCCUUUGUUUUCAGGUCUAAAACUGCUGACUGUAGCUUGCAGAGUUCCCAAGCUCAGCUUGGAGAGAGCUUGGAGAACUGGCCAUAGGCAGUACGUUCUAUUUUUGAAUCCAAAGGGCUUUACAAAUUCCAGAGUGUUUUGCCCACUAGAGGUCAGUGCUCACUUACUCUGCAUUUCCAUCCCUAGCUGCACUUUGUAGCUGGUUUUUCAAACAGCAUUUUGCAAAGCAUUGUACAGCAUACGCUCCUACUUUUGCCAGUGCAAUCAUCUGCCAAGUUACUCUGGUAUCUGUGCUUGAAUCUAUUUUUCAUUUUUCUGGGCUGCAAUUCAGAGCCUUGUCCUCUUGAAGAACAGAUUGUUGUAAAAACUUUCUUUUAACUGUCAAUGGUGUUCCUUAGACAAGAGUGAUUCUGAUUACCCUGUGAUUAUAGCCAUCUACCAAAAAUUAUUUCUUCCAGUUCUCCUACCUCUUCUUUAGAAAUAUUUAUUUAUUAUUCCUCUUGUGCUGUAGUACUUUAGGCCUUUAAAAUAACAAUUCUUUCACUUUCAGUUGUCUUUGAAAAACCUCUCUGUUACUUUCAUCAAGCUCAGCUUCUGUCUGUGACUUUACUGCUGUGACAUUCACAGCUGGGUUCAAAUUAGACGUUUAAGUUCCAACAGGGGUUCAGGCUCACACUCAGCAACUUAAUGCUGUUAAACAUGUUACUGCACAGUAGCUGAGCUACAA